AGUGAAAAAUGAUGCGUCAAAUUUGUAUACAAUUUUGUUCCAGUUUGGUUUGUAUCCAGACAGUAGUGAAGUAUCGUGUAUCUCUAAGCUAAUUAGUGGCUUAGACUUAGAGGACAUAGCAAAACAUUCGAAAAGACGUCCGUCACUUACUUGAGAGAGGUAAAAGCUUUGCCGUCCAUCUCGUUUUUUUCAGACCAAUUUACAUUCCCGGCAGUGUUUUGGCUAUAGAAGAAGCUAUCAAGCGAGUUUGCAAGACAUCAGUGAGGGCGUCGCAGCGAUCUGCUGCAACUGAGCCUUCAAAUAGUCAGUACGAAAAUGACCCCACAAUCGCCAAACAUGUGUCAUUCAUGAAAUGCAAUCAAUAUUUUGGACUGCUUUCGCACGUUCAACAUGUGACCUGAAAGUAAUCAGCGAAGGUAGAUCAAACAACGUAAAAGCAUGAGUUUCUCAUUUAACUCAUGGAAAUAUCAAAUGCGGUACUACCUUCAUUGUGCAUGUUUGUAUGCAGCGUUCAGUCUAACGUUGGCUCAUAACGACACAAACACAACGCAUGCAACGGCUCACAAUGACACGGAUACAUUGCACGAUCAUUCUUUGUCCAUUUGUGAUCUCGAUCGAAUGGAAAUAGUUGAAGAAUCUUAUGUGGCCAACGAUAUACCGGAUAUGGAAGCCAUCAAGAAGUGUCAAGAAAUGAUACGACCAAAUCCAGACAUGCCGGCCCCGAGACCCUGCGCCAUACCAGUGAAAAUCACCAUUACAUUGAUAGAUUUGGUUGACAUUGACGGUAUUAAAGGUUCAAUCCAAAUGAUGAUGACAUAUCAAGAACAGUGGGAAGACAGGAGAAUAAUACUCCCAGCACACAUGAAUCCAGACUGUGUCGACAACUCCACUCGGAAAAGUUUCAUACAUCUUACCCCGUCAGUGAAAUACCGGAACGACCUGUGGACGCCUGAUUUCUACAUGAAAGGGAUGAUGGGAAUACACGUCGCAAAAGUCGGCCUGACAGCAGAAGAUUUGGUCCUUCGAGACAAUUACGUUGUCGAGAGCACCUUGACACUCACUCUCAGUUUGAUGUGCCCAAUGCACUUUUCGAAGUUCCCUUUUGACUCCCAUCAGUGCAACAUAACAAUAGAGAGUUUCGGGAUGUUCGCCGACGACUUGGCGAUUCUCUGGAGCGAGCACGGCGUCCGUUUGUCCAGAUCAUUCGUGAAGGAAGGCUACAAGAUCUCUGUGGUGACAGGUAGCCCGGCUUUUGUCAUGUACAGUGGUUUUCCGUUUCCGCGGCUGGUCAUGACAUUGAUCAUCAGCAGGCAGCGGCUGCGCUACACGCUCCUCGUCUUCGUGCCCUGCAUACUACACUUCAUGAUCGCGUGGCUGGCCUUCUUCCUGCCUAAAGAGGUGUCGCAGGGCCGCUGCAUCAUCAACUGCACCACCAACCUGUCGCUGAUCAGUAUGUUGUCCGUCUACAUGCGUUACAGUCCGCAGGGCGGCCACCUGAAGUCGUUCGACAUCUGGGUCGUCUUCUCGAUGGUGUUCCAGUUCCUCUGCACCAUUGACAGUAUCAUCGACAUCCGCCUGCUGUACCUGGCCUUCAACCUGCGCCAGCAGCCCGAGCAGCCGGACACCACCGAGGUGCUGCAUCUGGUCACCAACACGGACAACUGGCUCGGCAGAGAGAUGCGCCACGUCGAGCCGGAGAUCUCCAGCAACAUGGUGCGCUCGGCUGUGCACGAGAUGCGGCGCCUCAGCGCCUCGCCGUCGGCCAGCGCGGCGCUCCGCCAGCAGCGCGCCAGCCAGGCGCCGCAGCCGCCCUCCAUGCUGGAGGACAUCAGCAUCUACACCAGCGAGACGUACCAGAAGUUCCUCAGCGCGCUGGUCCUCUACCAGGAGUGGUCACAGUGGAUCUACCUCGGCGGAUACAUGAUGUUCGUCUGGCUUUACUGGUACAUUCACGUGCCAAAAGAGUUGCAUUAGUGGACCAUGUGGAGAUAAGCUCUUAGUGAUAUGUUGUGUGUCGAUUGUUCGACGUUCGUGAUUGUUGUGCUAUGUAUGAAGCGGGAUCGUGAAAAAGGCGAUAAGGGCAAACGAAGUUUCUGUCGUGUAAUGCAAGCGUAUGCAAGCGAUACUUAACGCAAUGCAAUAAACAGGAAGGAAUUUA